CAGGGAGCAAACUGUUACUCUGGGCCCACGGGCCCAGCGGCUUUAACUUCAUUUAAUCCUAACUAUAGCCCUGCGGAGAGGCACUUACGACUCCAUUUUACUGAUAAAAAAGCCCACGCCAGGAUGAUAAAUGACUCACCCUGGGGCAAAGCGCUGAAAAAAGAGACGCUAGUCGAGGGGCUCCGAAACCCUCAGGCGUCUACCUCUCUUCCUGUUCCCUCUCCAGCCUUCACGUGCAAGUCUGGGGAGCGCGCGCUGCUGGGCUGUGAUGACACAGCCCUUUCUCUCGAUGCGGAGGAAAACCCAGAGACCUUUGCCCGCCACACACUCCUGUUUUUCCCGGUGGAUGAGGUCGCCUGUAGAUCCGGGCUGGGCUUUACGGGCUUCCCGGUUGAAGACUCAUGGGACAUAACAGCAUUGCUGGAUGCCUGGUACCUUUAAGAAACCUGACUGCAUGAGAAGCACUCUCCAUGGGCACAGGAGAAUCAGAGAACUAAACCUGGAAUCAGAGAACUAAAUGAGCCAAACUUUUCUUGAUUUUUAAUGUGCUAUUCUCCAUUUCAAGAUGCCUUUGCACUUCUGAGACAUGCAAACUGACAAACCUCCAGGCCACGAUCGAGGGGAAAUCAUUACUGCUUGAAGCCUGGGAAACUGCUCUUAAUAAAGCCAAGCCCCCAGUUGUUGAAAUGCUGAGGAAGUUGUGGAGGAGGAGACUUUUUUCUUAUCCCACUAAAUACUACUUCUUACUUCUUGUUUUUUCCCUAGUCACCUUCUCUGUUUUAAGAAUUCAUCAAAAGCCUGAACUUGUAAGUUUCAGACACUUGGAGCUGGCAGAAGAGAACCCUAGUCGUAAUAUUAAUUGCACCAAAGUUUUACAGGGUGAUGUAGAUGAAAUCCAAAAGGUAAAGCUUGAGAGUCUAACAGUGGAAUUUAGGAAGCGCCCUCGAUGGACAACCUACAACUACGUCAACAUGACCAGUGAUUGUACUUCUUUCAUCAAGAAGCGCAAAUACAUUGUAGAACCCCUUAGUAAAGAAGAGGCAGAGUUUCCAAUAGCAUAUUCCAUAGUGGUUCAUCACAAAAUCGAAAUGCUCGACACUCUGAGGGCCAUCUAUAUGCCUCAGAAUUUCUACUGCAUUCACGUGGACAAAAAAUCCGAGGAAUCCUUUUUGGCUGCAGUGAUUGGCAUUGCGUCUUGUUUCAGUAACGUUUUUGUGGCCAGGCAACUGGAGAGUGUGGUGUAUGCCUCGUGGAGCCGGGUUCAGGCUGACCUCAACUGCAUGCAGGACCUCUACAAAAUGAAUGCGGACUGGAAGUACUUGAUCAAUCUCUGCGGUAUGGAUUUUCCGAUUAAAACCAACCUGGAAAUUGUCAGGAAGCUCAAGUCGUUAAUGGGCGAGAACAACCUAGAAACGGAGAAAAUGCCCGCCCAUAAAAAAGAAAGGUGGAAAAAGCACUAUACAGUAGUUAAUGGAAAGCUGACAAACAUGGGGACUGACAAAAUACAUCCUCCUCUUGAAACGCCGCUGUUUUCAGGCAGCGCCUAUUUUGUGGUCAGUAGGGAGUAUGUGGGCUAUGUGCUUGAGAAUGAAAAAAUCCGGAAGUUUAUGGAGUGGGCAAAAGAUACAUACAGCCCAGACGAGUAUCUCUGGGCCACUAUUCAGAGGAUGCCUGAAGUCCCGGGCUCACUGUCCUUAAGUUCUAAGUACGACAUGUCAGACAUGCACUCUAUUGCCAGGUUUGUUAAGUGGCAGUACUUUGAAGGUGAUGUUUCCAAGGGCGCCCCCUACCCGCCGUGCAGCGGCAUCCACGUGCGCUCUGUAUGUGUUUUCGGAGCUGGUGACUUAAACUGGAUGCUGCACGUGCACCACCUGUUUGCCAAUAAGUUUGACACAGACAUAGACUUCUUUGCCAUCCAGUGUUUGGACGAGCAUCUGCGGCAUAAAGCCCUGGAGACAUUAAAACACUAACCGUUGGUGGCAGUUUUAGAAAUAAGAAGGAUGCAUGAGAUGUACCCCCAUUUGAUUCUUCCGCCUACAGAAUCUAACUCUAUGUCAGAGAAGCUAUGAGGUUUCUGCAGAGCACAGUUGGUUAGAAAGGUUGUAGUUUUAUGCCUUGACUUAGACUUAAUGUGAGACCAGGGCACGUUGCAAGGCAUUGUGAGGAAAGGUGGCCCGGGUGACUGGAGAGGAGGCUGCAUACAAUCUAGCCUAUAAAAGAGCUCAGGGACUUAACAAAAAACCCUAAGAGUUGACCUGUGCCAAAAUUACUUGGAGAGCUUUAAAUAUGAUGAUUUUCCUGAUUUUAAUAAAUUUAUAGCAACAACCAAUAGGUAAUUUAUCUUGUAGGUUAUAUUUGUUGAAAGAGAAAUGUGACUCUAAAUGAACUUUGUAAAUGAUUUACCCUCUGCUGUAACAUUGCGCUGUUGUGUAUCUGUGCCAUCUCAGGGAACUUGAAAAAACGGGCUUGAUUGCACGUGAAUAUUUUUCAUUUAACAAUGUACAUUUUUUUAAAAGAAAAAACACAAUUACUAGUUUAGUUGAUUCUGUGAAUCAUCUUAGAUUAUUAGAAAAGAUAUCAUCUUAGAUUAUUUAAAAAGUUAAGGUGUCUGUUUAUUGUCGUAAUGUCUACAAAGUAACACUCAAUUUUUUCAAGUAGUUGUCUAUCUACUCCUCUCCCCAGUCUCCCUUCACCCUGAUAUGAAGCUGUAUAUAAACUUGUUUUCAUUAUUCCCCAUAUUACAGCCUCAGUUCUCUUCUGUGAUCUGACUGGCAGUAAUUAGCAUGGAGAGCUAAGAUAGAAAGGGUGAAGUAGGUGUGGCAGAAGGGAGGAGGAGUCAUAUUUGGAUAAUUUCUAAGGCUUAUGAUGAGUGAUAAAACCAGCAAUUUGUACUAUCCCCAGAAAUCAUGGCUGUGGCUCUUUGGACCUGCUUGUGUCCAUCCUUCCAGGCUAUUGUGUCCUACUGUCACCUGUGUCUCCUUUUGAAAACAACUGGCUUCCUCUGUCCUUCUUCAUGUUAACCUGCCCAUUGGUUGUUCCUUAGCUCUUGCAUUGUAAGUUUCCUUCUCUCCCAGAACCUAUGAAUAGGGGAAAAGCAUGCUUGAAGGCUUGGGAAUCCUAAAGGGAACAUUAGGUUUGGAGCAAAUUGUGUCAGUAUUGAUGCUAUUCUCAGCAUAUGGUUUUUACUCUACUUUUCACUGAAAGACAAAUGAUUUGAGGUUGCUAUUGUGCUGUCUCAUAUCGCAAAGGAAGUGAAGAUUUAAAAAAAGCAAACAACUUGCCCUUUUGAUAAGCUGAUACUGUUCAACAAAAGAUCUAAGAGGAAGUGUGAAGCUUUAUCUUUUAUCUGAGACUCUAAAUAAGAAUCAAACCCAUGUGCUUUAUUUUUAAAACUUAGCCAAAUUAAAUUGUAUAUUAGAAAUUCAUAUUAGACAGUUUUCAAACAUUCAACUGAGAAAACUGUUGUUUCUUCCUCAGGGUUAGGAAACAUUUUCAUUUUAUGGAGAGACUUGUUACACUGAUCCUCCUGAAUGAGAGUUUCACAUUUUUGGAAAGUAUCAUUUGUAAAUGUGCAAGCCAGUGUGGAUUGCUAUGGUUUGCAUGAUUUAAUAUGGCAGCCAGUGUUGGACCAAAAAAGGAAAAAAAAAACUUCCUUUGAAAAUUCAAGAGAUGAUGUCAAUGAGAGCAUUGUAUGCAGAGUGUUUUGUCUCUGUUGGCUUCUAAACCAGUUUGUCCUUUUCAUGCUUGUCACAUGUUUCUCCUUGAUAACUUUCAGAAGAAAGAGUUAGGGCUCUUUUUUUUUUUUUUUAAUUCUAAAACCAGUGAUUUUCAUUGACAUAUUUGUGUCUGUGCUUUGUGUUUUUAAACUUCAUUCAUGGUGUCUGAAAUACUAUACCAUAGACUUUUUCCAUUUUAUUUUGAACAUUUGCAAAUCUAUAGGAAAAUUAAAAAUAAUAGUACAGUAAACACCAUAUAACCCUCAUCUGGAGACAUUGUUUGUUAAUAUUGUGCCCAUUUGCUUUCAGUUGAAUGGAUCUUUGAAUUUAGCAAAAUUGAAAAUUGAAAAAAUUUACAAACAACCGAAAUUAUCAUUAAUCGAAGUGCUCUUAUUGUAGCGUGACUGAAUCCAAUUAAUAUUUAAAUUGGCAGUUUUUGAGAGAUUUUUUUCUCCACUAUAGAUAUAAAAACAGGAUUUUCAAAAUAAUUUCCCCAAGCCCCAGACUAAAGCUGUGGCCUGACCAUCUUUUAUGCAGCUGUAUAUCUCGUCUUCUGAGUACGGCACUUGUUGAGAUGUGUCUGAAUAUCACCCUAUUGUUAAUGGCUCUUUCAGGGAUCAUAUAGGCAUGAGAACUCGUUAAUUUUGUACUUCUCAGCAUAACUUAACGCAAAUGAAAUUCAUCCUAUUCAGCCAAGCAACUUGAAGAAUCAAGAUGAUUUCAAAAGGAAACCCAUACUCGAUUCAGAAAGAGCAAAAAUGUCAUAAGUUCUUUGGGAAAGAUAUGUCAUUUAAAUUGCUUCCUAUAUGUCAGUUAUUAAACACUAAUUUCUUUUUACUGUCAUUUAAGGUCUUUUAUAGGGAAUUACUGGAAAUCGUAUUCCCAAAUAAAUCCUUAAAUGUACAUCACCUGCAGUUUCAUAAUGGAAGGAUUCUAGUCAAUGAAGUGCUUACUGAUUGGGAUUCACAUAUUACUUACAAAGGACAAGAGUUAACAAAAAUAGUUCUUCCUUUAUAGGCAGUGACCUAGGCUCUUCCCAGACCAUGGUAAACAGCCAUUCAGCCUUGAAAAUGAGAAACAUUCUUGUCUCAAGACGUGUAUUUGUAUCAUUCAUCAAGUACAAGUCACUUAAAUGAAAUAAAUGGACUUUGUUCUGUCAUCAUUUGAGGAAGAGGAAGCCAUGUUUUACUUCAUUUCAUCUGUAGAGUCAACUGGACUAAACUCUUUUGGUUGGCUUAGAAAAAUACUCAUUUUUCAUUUUGGUAAACAUAAAAAAAAAUGCAGUACUUUCAUGGCAAGUGUGGUUAACGUAAGUUUUCCUCUCAAAUGUGGACACAACUGAAAACAUUUGAACUAGUCAUACCACUAUUCAGAUGAGCUAUUCAAGAACGAAUGCCUUGUCUCCACAAGUUACUCUUACUUUUUAGCUGCCAGCACCUCAAUAUUAGAUUUAGUAAUUGGAUGUGCUAGUUUGUAACCAACAAAGAGUUCUGUGUGAGGAGUGAUUAAAAACAGAAGAUGAAUUCUCUAGGCAGAAAUGCCUGAGAGACAGAGGAUGUGUCAGUGGCAGAAACUGUAACCCAGAUUAUGCAGAAGGACCUGGACAGAGGACUGAAAACGAAUGCAAUUUAAUAGUAUUGCUUUCUGGGCACUACUGACUUCAGCUGGUGUCUGCUGAGGAACCGGGGGCACACAUUCUGACAAGGUCUGUGACUUGCUGUGGUUUGAAGGUGGAGGGCACACCUGAGGGAAAAGGGGCAGCCCCCUCCCCUGGAAUAUUGAAUGUCUGCUCCAGAUGUCUUCUCACCUGACCUGUUAAACCCUGCUGGGUGCUCUUUCGCCCCAUUUUAGAUAAAACAGACUCUAGAAAGGGGCAACAUGGACUGACCUUCAGGUUUUCUCAAAAGCUUGAGAGCUUUACAUAUCCUUUAGAAACCUGCUUGUCCAAGAUUUAAUUUUAAUAUGUGCUUCAAGUUUUCAGGGCUUGUUAUCAGAAUAUUGAUUUAAUAUUUUUCAGUGUAAUAAUAUCCCAGCUAGAAGUGAAUUAUAACUUGAGAAAGAAAAGACUGUUUUCAUUAGCACAGAUGAUAACGACGUCCAAGUAGAAAGCCCAAGAAUCUUGUCUCCAAAUUGAUAAAAAUUAGGCAAGUACUGCCAGAUAUCUCAAAAUUAAUAGUUUUACCAUGUUCAAGCAAAAGAGAUGUUUUAAGAUAUAGGGGAAUAGGUUAUCUUUCAUCAUGGCAAUAAACUGUGUAAAAUGUAGACAAUUUAAGAUAUGUGUGGGAUCUAUCUGAAUAAAAGACUACUAUAGAUUAAAAAAAA